CUAACCCUUUCCUCUCCGAGGUAGGAUCCUCUCCGUGUUUGCCACCAGCCGGAGCUCGCGGUCCACGGGUAGCCGCUGGCCCCGGAGGGCGAGUCCUCUUUGCCCCUUUGCCUGCUUCGUUGAGGGGGAAAUGUGUGGCCUGCAUGCGCGGCCGGGGAACCCUUGGUCAAAAUUCAUUUUAAAGGCUGGGGGGGGGGGGCAGAACCGAAUUAACGGCGACGCAGGGUGUUGUCUUUUAUUGUUAUUUACUAUAGUGGAUUUAUCUGGCGGUUCACAGGAUAAAAAGACGGGGUAGAAAUAUCUGUAAAUAGUUUUUAAAAACACCAAUAACCUUCCCUCCCAGAAGCGUUUAAAGGCUGUAAAGCCCUUUAAAAAUGCCUAAAAAGAACAUUUGGGGCUUAGUCUCGUCUCCCCUAACCCUUAACAGUAGAGGUUUUUUAUUUAUUCUAUUUUGGGGAGAAACACCCCCCGGCCCUGUCUCCUUUCCCCAUUUCUCAGCAACUCCCAAGUAAUUGGCUUGAGAUCUCUAUUGCAUUUAACCCUUAGACAGCUUUUGUGAGCCUAAUCAAGCAAUGUGCUGAAAAUUUAAUUUGCUCAGACGAACCAUUGCUUCCAUCAGUGGUUUUGGAACCAGGGAAUUCCUCCAGAUUUAUCCACACUAGCCAAGUAAAGUCAAAACACAUACCUUGAAUUGAAUGCCACAAGAAUAAAUGGGGAUCAGCCCCUGCUAUAGUGGGCAGCCCCAAAAGCCAUUUGUGUUGUUAAGAUUUUCAAAAGCAGAAAUAAUAUUUACAAAACAGCAACUUCAGACCAGUUUUGGACACUUGCAGCACUUUGCAAUGUUAAGAGGUGCUCUAAAGAAAAGCACUUUCUACAUUCAUGAGCCUCAUUCCCCCCCCCCCCCUUUUGCUGGAGGUAUAAAUGUUGUUAGCAAUGUGCAAUCACCCUGAAGGCUUCAGGUCUGCUCCUGACUGUUGAAAUGCUCCUGGGAAGGCUGUAAGUCAGUCAGUAAACUCUGCUUCCAGUCAGUAAACUGAUUGCAAGGUGUCCUUCAUGGCAUAACUUGCAGCUGCAGGAGAAGGUGUGGAUCCUAUACCUAAAUAUCCCUGAAAGUGUCAUUUAAAAGUGCAACAUCUAGCAAUUAAAUUCAAUCACCUUUGAGCAGAAGGUUGUGACACCUGCAUAUUCCUGGGUUGCAGCGAGCUGGACUUGAUGACCAUCACAGGAUUCUUUGGAAAAUGCUUCAGAAAUAAUAGAAAUAGCAUUCAUUUAAGUUAGUCGUAUGAUGGCACAGUAGUCUCACUUCCCUGUAAACUGUAUUUUUCGCCCCAUAGGGCGCACUGGCCCAUAGGGCGCACCUAGUUUUUUUGGGGGGGGGAAAUAAAGGGGGGGAAAUUAUUUUCCCCCAGGCUGCGCUCCCGGGUUUCGGGCUGCAGGCUGCUGUCCGCAAGCCUUGGGAGCCUGGCAGGAAGUCGCGCCGGUCUCCCCAGGCUUGCGGAUAUCUGCCCGAAGCCUGGAGAGCAAGAGGGGUCGGUGCGCACCGACCCCUCUCGCUCUCCAGGCUUCAGCGAAAGCCUGCAUUUGCCCCAUAGGACGCACACACAUUUCCCCUUCAUUUUUGGAGGGGAAAAGGUGCGUCCUAUAGGGCAAAAAAUACGGUACUUUAUUACUCCUUGCACUGCAAUUUGAGCUUGAUAUAUCCUAUGCCUGUUUUUACAUGGACCCCUCUUUCAGUUUUUCUGAAAGAAACCUGUCCCACUGAUAUUUCUCAGGUCUGUAUGGGCUCUGCUGAAUUCCUGCUCCAAAAAAGUGGAAACACUAUGACAAGCUUAAAAAAAUGUUUUAGUAUAACUGAAAAAUACAGAAGCUUUUCUACUAGGGAUAACGGACACAGGUAUAGCAAGAGAAGAUCAGAAAAUAUUCCUCUAUGCCACAGGAGUGGCAAGGAUCCUAAUUGCUAAAAACUGGAAAAAAGAAGCUGUGCCAACAAAAACGGAAUGGCAAGACAAACUGUUAGAGUAUAUUGAACUGGCUAGAUUAACAGAGGCAAUUAGAGAUCACACUAGACAAAGAGUUUCAAAAGCAUGGGGAAAAACAGAGAAUACUUCACAAAACAGUGCCCUAAAAUACAUAUGAGCUUCCUUGCAGUGGGUUGGACUAGAUGCCCCUUGAUGCCCCUUUCAUGUAUCCCAUGCUCCCUGUCUCUCUUCCUCUCCUUUUAAUGACACUUCCCCCGGUUUUUUCCUAGCUGGGCCGCCUCCGGGAACCUAAGUGCUGGCACCUGCAAUUUCGCCUGCUGGCAUUGUUCUGACAAGAUCCAUUGUGGUAAGUUUUGGCGUCACCAAAGACCGCUGGGAUUGCUCUGACAAGAUCCAUUGACACCAGUUUUGGCGUCACCAAAGGAAUUAAGGAGAUGUGCUUCAAUUCCCUCGCAGAUAGUAUUUAACCCAUCACGGCAUCUCUCAAAGCAUAGGAACUGUAGUUUCCUAUGGGGGGAGAGAAUAUUCUGCGCAACCUUUCCCAAGGGAACUCUGGGAGUUAUAGCUCUGACAGGGUCUCUUUGGGAAACGGAACAAACUACAGUUACCACAAUGUCCCCCCAAAGCACCCUGGGAACUAUUGCUUGCUCUGGGUGUUGAGGGUUGUGGCAUCUGAACAGUAAACAAUCUGUCCUUGCAUUCCACAGUAUACAACUCCUUGCCGUCCCAAGCCCAUUUCUCUUCCUAGGGAACUCUGGGAACUGUAGUUCAUGGGAGGAACAGCACUUGGUGCCCUGAACUCUGGGAACCAAUGGGCUGGCACCGCCGAGUGUCGCCUUGGCCUGCGACUUUGAAGGCACCGCCUGCAGCUGGGAGGACGUCAGCAUGGGCACUGACCAGGGUAAACUUGCUUCAUUUGAAAGGCAGAGAAGCAUUGCUAAGCAGUUAGAGCACCCCUUUGACCUGGUGCCCCCCAACCAGGCUGGUACAUGAGCACCUCGGAGCAGCGAACCAAGCCACCUGACUCCGCUCCCUGA